AUGGAUUAUCCCGCCCUUUAUAACCCUGAACCUGCGGAAUGGGAGAUUGCGAAGCAAGAAGUAGAUGAUGUCAUCGGGGUGAAACAGGAAAUCAGCUUUGAUGACCUGGGGAAAAUGACCUACCUGUCUCAGUUCAAUUCAUACGUCUGUGGACGGUUGGAUAAGUUCUUUGAGGAGCCGCUGAAGUUUGACCCAGAGAGGUUCCAUCCAGACACUGCCAAGCCCUAUUACUGCUACUACCCCUUCGCCCUGGGACCACACUCAUGUCUGGGACAGAGCUUUGCACAGAUGGAGGCGAAGGUAGUGAUGGCCAAGCUGCUCCAGAGGUUUGACUUCAGGCUGCUGCCUGGCCAGUCCUUUGACAUCCUGGACACUGGCACUCUGAGACCAAAGAGCGGAGUGGUGUGUAGCAUCAGACACCGAGGACAAGCUGCAGCCUGACUACUGGAACCUGGAGAUGACUAGCCGUCGUCUUUCAACUCAACAUAUUUCUUAUCUGACUCAUUCCGUCUUUCUUCUUUACUGUCUUAAAAACAAGAUGAACACAUCAUCAAUGGUUUACCAAUCUUGCGCAUAUAUUUGCAUAAAUAUAAAUAGAAUGUGAAACUUUUCCAAUGGAUUUACUGAGUUAUACUUCAUAUAAGGAAAUCAAUCAUUUGAAGUAAAUUCAUUAUGCCCUAAUUUAUGGAUUUUACAUGGCUGGGCAGGGGCGCAGCCAUGGCUGGGCCUGGGAAGGCAUAGGUCAGCCAUUAGGCCCAGCCAUUCAGAAUAAGCUUUUGGUAGAGAAAUUAACAUUCAAUUCUCUGGCAAAAGCUCUGGUGGACAUUCCAGUAGUCAGUAUGCCA